GGCAAUAAGUCAUCGUACAGGAUCAUGAUCGUUUGUAAAGAAGGUAUCUUACAAUUUCUGAGCUUCUGCCUGGUGAUUCUUUGUUCCCUCCGGAAUGUUCACGGUACUGGAUUACCACCUGAGAUAUCAGAAAAACUCAGUGAUUAUUGGCAUCGUUACAAGAGCAUGUUCAACAAAACUUAUACUGGUACUAUGGAGUCCAUAAGAAGAAUGGCUUGGGAAGAGAAUCUUCUUAAGAUAUAUGAGCAUAAUUUAUUGGCAGCUGCUGGACAUUAUACUUACACACUACGUGAUAACCCAUAUGCUGAUAUGACAACGCGACAAUACAUUCGUGAAAUGGUGAAAUUAAUUCCAAGCCGACGGCGUAGACUUUCCGACGACCAGAUGGUUUCUGCUGUUCUUCAUGAUCCAAGGCGAAUCCCCAGGUAUCUGGAUUGGCGGGAACGCGGCUUUCGCACUGAGGAGGAAAAUCAAAAGGAUUGUGGAAGUUGCUAUGCUUAUUCUAUAGCAGGAAGUAUACAGGGACAAAUUUACAAGAAAACCGGAAUGCUCAUUCCGCUUAGUGAGCAACAGCUUGUGGAUUGUAGUAUCAGUACUGGAAAUCUUGGUUGCUCUGGAGGAUCCUUGAGAAAUACUUUAAGAUACUUAGAAAAAGCAAAAGGUCUUAUGGCCCAAACUAAUUAUCCUUACAAGGCUGAGCAAGGACAGUGUCGAUUUCAAGAGGACAUGAGUGUCGUUAAUAUCACUUCCUGGGCCAUCUUACCCUCUAGGGACGAACGUGCUUUGGAAGUAGCUGUGGCGACUAUUGGACCAAUAGCAACCUCCAUUAAUGCUAGUCCAAAAACUUUUCAACUCUAUCAUAAAGGAGUUUAUGACGACGUAGCAUGCAGUUCGGAUGUGGUCAACCACGCGAUGCUAAUUGUUGGCUAUACGCCUACCGAGUGGAUUUUGAAAAAUUGGUGGGGCGACGGUUGGGGUGAAAAUGGAUACAUGCGAUUGGCAAAAAACAAAAAUCGCUGUGGAGUUUCAAAUUACGCUGCGUACGCUAAAGUUUAAUUAAUUAGGAUAUCUCGUAAUGAUGGAUACUCAUAACUCAUAACAAACAGUCACUCCUUGCUAACAUUUUGCAAAUCAUUUAAACUAUGCCAAUUCCAGUCAAUUAAGAUACGUUCCAGUUGUUACUCCUGAUCUUCAUUCCUCGACUAUACCACGUAUCCAUAUGAUGAAUGUACACAUAUGUGCCUACAGUCUUGUACUCAGUGACUAACCGUUAUCAAAAUUAAUCGAUUAGAAUUUACACAUAGUGCUAGAAGAUAGAUCGUGGAAAUUUUCUUCAGAUACAGCCAAUAAAAUUCUUUGGAUAUACAAUA